AUAAAGCUGCCAAAAACCAAAAGAUUAAUUUCAUUGAACACGAUGAAAUAAAACGAGAACAAACUUCGCGUUCCAAAGUUGAUUUGUUCAUAAAUGGUUUAGAGAUCGAACAAAAUAAUGAAAAUAUUCUCAAGGCUUUUAUUUCUGGAU